CACAUAUUUAAAAAUAUAGCAAUUCAAAUAUGAAUCAAAAUUCGGUUAAUAAAAAUAAAACUCAUUCCAAAAGCAAUGAAAUAUACAUAGAAGAGCAGUUUAUUCUUCGACUUCCAGUAGAAGAAGCUCGACAGGUGCGAUCCAUGCUUCAUUUCAAACCAGAGAAGAUAAAGAAAUGCAUGAAGAUAUCUGUAGAUCCAGUAGAUAAUAAAGUAGCAGUAGAUCUGAACCAUAAGAGAUUGUUUGGAAAUCUACAGAAGUUACCCACCAUCAUAGAAUCGCAAAAAACUAAUAUAGAUAACAACAAAAGCCUACUGUAUAAAACUGCAGAUAUAUGUUAUUUAGCAGAUUGUAGUUGUGAAGAAAGUAGUAAGAAGAAAGCUGAAACUCCACAUGGAAUUUGUCCGCCACUAAAGAAUGUGAAAACUAAGAGAUUUAGAAAAACUUUAUCUAACAAAGAAUCGGCGUUUGAAACAGAGAGCAUUUCAAAGGAAUUAUACCACUUGUUACGAGCUGAUUUGGAAGCGUGUUACACGCGAUUUGAAAUAAUCUACACCGACGAUAUUUCCAAAGACAUAUGUAAGAAAGGAUAAUGGCGGAAUUUUCUCGAACGGAAGACUGAAGAUAUUUAUUGUUCAAAGCCCAAUUUGUUUUUGAGUUAUUCUUUAGAAUAAUUUGUUAAAUGUUCAAAUAC